UCACUUAACGCAACGAAAAACUUGGACAUUACAUCUCAUUCCCACCAUCUCGACCCGAGCGCCGAGCUUACGUUUUUGCAAUACGUCAUAAACUCACACACAAUCUCCACUCACUUGGACCCAGUGUUCACUCACUCAAUACGCAACGCCUUACACAAACUGAAAAAGAAGUAACACAGAACAUAAAUUUUCAGUUCGAAACAGGCACUCACGGAUCUCUUAUGUUUGAUUCACCUCUAAUUUUUUCUGGCAACAACCAGUCACUGACAUUAUGACGCGAACACCUUGUGAAUGAAGAAAAAAAAGGAUGAAAACCGAAAAAGGGAAGACUUGAAGACUGUGCGUAACUCCGUCGCAGACGAAAACGAGAAAAAUGUUCAAAAACAGGAAGAACUAAGGAAACGGAAAGGAACAAAAUAACCGGAAGGAAAACAAACAAGAUCUCUAUUGCAACAGAAAGAGAACUUAUUUACAGCUAAAGUCUCAUCAUAAAGACGAUUCACUUUAAUAAUCGGCAGUUGAAAAGAGUUUAAAAUGGGACAACGACUAACAAACUUUUUCACGCAAGGAAGACAGAGAAAUGCACGGGAGCAAACCAUUACAGAGCUGAGAGAAGAGCUGAGAGCACAGAUUACUUAUCGGCAGAAUCAGGAGCAAACCAUUACAGAGCUGAGAGGAGAGCUGAGAGCACAGAUUACUUAUCGGCAGAAUCAGGAGCAAACCAUUACAGAGCUGAGAGGAGAGCUAAGAGCGAAGGAACAACAUUUAACUUAUCUGCAGAGGCAGUUCAAUACACGUGACUGGGUGAUAAGUCGAAAUGAAAUUUACAUGGAGGCAAACGAAGUGCUUGGGGAGGGAGCAUGGGGGAGAGUUGUUCGAGGGAAAUUUCGCCGUUGCGUUGUAGCAGUAAAAAAAAUACACGAGCUUCUAUCUCCUCAAGCCAAGGCUCUUUUUGAACAAGAAAUCAGCAUUGCAUCAAGGUGCCGUCACCCUUGCUUGUUACAGUUUAUCGGAGCCACCGAUGAUGACAGACCAUUGUUAGUAAUGGAAUUAAUGGAUCGCAGUUUGAGGUCAUUGUAUGAGGAACGACAUCUUACUGAAAGAGAAAUUUCAUUUAUUUCUCUGGAUGUAGCUCUUGCUCUGAACUACCUUCACCAAUACAAACCCGAUCCCAUUAUUCACCGAGACAUCAGUAGUGCCAAUGUACUGCUCUGGAAAGAACGCGACCAGUGGAGGGCUAAAGUGUCAGACUACGGCACUGCCAAUUUUGUGCGCCUGAGCACAAAUGAUGGACCAGGAGCUUUAAUUUACUGCGCCCCAGAGGUACGCGGAACAGUGGAGGACCGAGUUAUCAGCUGUAAGAUUGAUGUCUAUAGUUUUGGAGUUCUUCUUUGUGAAAUAAGUACUGGGCAAUUACCAGACCCUGAAAGGCGUCAACAGCAAGUCGAUCUGGUGAACAACUUUAACUAUCAAGCUGUCAUUCAAAGAUGCCUGGAGCCAGAUGCUGGAAUGAGAGCAAAUAUGGAACAGAUCAUUGAUGAACUGGAAACCUUUAGAUUGUUGGAAAAUUUUUGAAUGCCUAUUGACACAAGUCGUGACUAGCACUUUGAGAUUUGAGUAGCGUUAGCUGUCAAUUAGUUUACGAAAUUUCUGUAAUACUUGAAGCGGUCAGUGUAAAACGCAGACUACGGACUGCAGACCAGGGAUAAAAUGCAGACUGAGGGUAAA